AUGGUAGAUUCUACGACGGAUGGCUUGAGAACGACGAAAGCAUCGUCCGAUUGGGUCUAUUUCUUGCAGAAUUUGGCGGACCCUCCAACGCUGAAUACGUAUUCCUCUGGAGCGAAGACUGCCGCGGACAUAAGUUUCGCCGGCAUUAGGUACAGCAGUAACAGUGACCGCAGCUCCACCACUAAUGCCGACACCACCGGCAGGUCCACCACUGACACCAGCAGUGCCAGCGGGUCCACCAUUGACGCCAGAGGGUCCACCACUGACACCGGCAGUGCCAGCUGGUCCACCAUUGACGCCGGAGGGAGCAGUGACAGUCCCCAAAAUAUUGCUGUCAACUUGGUAUUAGAAAAGAAAAACCUCAAAACUCAUAAUCGGAGACAACACUCAUCAAUAGCACGAGACAUCACAGCAAAUCACUAUCUGCAGUCUGUGUGUAUUGAUAACAAAAGGGGCAUUUUUGCAGUUUUAAUGACAUUCAAGGGUCCUGCCCAUUACAUUCAUGUCCAGAAGUGUACCUGUCAAUUGGACACAUGCAACAGGCAUUAUGAGUAUGCACGCAGAAGUGGGCAAGUAGGUUUUGACUGCCAACAUAUUCAGUCAUUGGUGUACAGUUCUGUGGCCACUAAUUUACCUGUUGCCCUUGAUGAAGAUAUUCUAACAGAUAUGGUAAUCAACAAAUGGUUCAGCAAGGACACAGAGGGAGAUUGUUUAAGAAGGAAGCUGGCUGCUGAUGCAGAUGGUGCACCACUGAGCUUUGAAGUAAAUCUCAGGCAAGAACAAAGACAGUACUUUUUUUCUGUGUUUGAGCCACACAUCUCCUCGUACUGUAGAUUUGGAAGGCUCAUGGUCCACUACAAUGGUGUCAAAAAUUCCUGGCUUUGCCCUUGCACAAAGGCUCGAAAAUCUUGCCCACACAAAGCCAUAGCUAAGUGGAGUAAUGCUGCUAAUCCAUGCGUGAUAUCGCCAUCCUACCACAAAUGGGCACCUUGGAUUGGACCACACACCAGGGCAAGCAACAUGUUAUUAAACACAGAAUACCAGAAGGGUACAGGCAGCAAGCAGGCAAACCCUGCAGACCAGGCCGAGAUGGAUAUAUCCGAGGACAGAUUGAUCAACGAAAUAAUGAACUUGAAGGUUGACGCGGUGCGAAACCUGGCCAAACAGUGUGGCCUUGAGUCAACGGGUUCCAAAAUGGAUCUUGUCAUCAGGUUGAAAGAACAGAUGAAAAGCCGCAGUGCUUUUGACAAGGUCUUUCAAAAAGUAUGGGGUGCAUCUGGUGGCUGGGCAGUGAUAAUGUGCCCCUGUGGAAUCAUUAAUUCUAUCAAGUUCAAUGUGAGGGCAGAAAGUCCACGGGACUACUGUGAUAUGUUGCUAUCAUUUAAGCACUUUCCUAAUGUAGUCAUAUAUGAUUUUGCAAGAGGUCUGGCCACACAAACAAACCUGCGUGAGCCAGUAAAAAUCCCCUUUAUGCCAAAUGAAGGCAGACUCGCUGAAGCCACGCCAGACCAGUCUGCACAGAAAGGUGAUCUGAAAGUAAACCUGCCAUGGCUGAAGGUUAAAAAGGUGCAUGCAGACAGCAACGCACACCCCUCUACAGGCUCGGCUGAACACUAUGCUCUGUAUGACACUUUCCACGAGGCCAACACCAGAGAAGCAAUAGACUGCUUGAGGAAAAUUGCCCUGGUACCAGAACUGCAUGGCUCCAAGAUGAGGAGGAAUAACUAUUUUCUAAAUAUGAUGUCUCCGGGGAGCCAUAUUUUUCUCAUGCGCUCUAUCAUUCAUCAUCACAACACCAUGUUGAAUGAGAAGACCCUGGCUGACAUUGAGAAAAUCUCAUCAGCAGACAUCACACUGGAUUCAUCUGGAAAGGCCAUAAUGGGUGUGUAA